GUGCUACGAUUGUUUUCAGUAUUUUUAUUUUGCCGCAUAUAAAAGAGGUUAAUUUCACAAUUUUAGCUCAUUUUUCGAGUGUUUUUGUACCUGUAAAGUGCUGGUGACUAAUUGCUGGGAAUUGAAAAGAUUAUAAUCCUUGUUCCAAGAUGGUCGUGCGUCCGUAUGACGAGGAGUUGAAGUACAUUGAGAAGAUCAGCCCAACAUGCUAUCGCAUCAAGAAGGGUUUCCAGCCCAAUAUGAACGUCGAAGGGUGCUUCUACGUCAAUAGUGCCCUCGAGAAGCUGAUGUUCGAGGAGCUACGCAAUGCCUGCAGACCCGGACAGACGGGAGGUUUCCUGCCGGGUGUUAAGCAAAUUGCCAACGUUGCGGCACUUCCGGGAAUCGUGGGACGCUCAAUUGGGCUUCCGGACAUUCACUCAGGCUAUGGAUUUGCAAUUGGGAACAUGGCAGCCUUCGAUAUGGAUGACCCCAAUGCCAUUGUGUCUCCAGGAGGUGUGGGCUUUGACAUUAAUUGCGGUGUUCGACUGCUGAGGACGAAUCUCUUUGAGAAGGACGUGAAGCCGGUGCAGGAGAAGUUGGCACAGAGUCUCUUUGAUCACAUCCCCGUGGGUGUGGGUUCUAAGGGAAUAAUCCCCAUGAAUGCGAGAGAUUUGGAGGAAGCACUGGAAAUGGGAAUGGAUUGGUCACUACGGGAGGGAUAUGUGUGGGCUGAGGAUAAGGAACAUUGCGAGGAAUACGGGCGAAUGCUCAAUGCAGAUCCCUCCAAAGUCAGCAUGAGGGCAAAGAAGCGAGGACUUCCUCAGUUGGGAACACUCGGAGCUGGCAAUCACUACUGUGAGAUUCAAGUUGUAGAUGAGAUUUAUGAUAACUCAGCUGCCAGCAAGAUGGGAAUUGAGAAAACUGGCCAAGUGUGUGUGAUGAUUCACUCAGGAAGUCGAGGAUUUGGUCAUCAGGUCGCCACGGAUGCCCUCGUGGAGAUGGAGAAGGCAAUGAAGCGUGAUAAGAUUGAGACGAAUGACCGGCAGCUGGCGUGUGCCAGGAUAAACAGCCCUGAAGGGCAGAAUUACCUCAAAGCCAUGGCGGCAGCGGCAAACUUUGCCUGGGUCAAUCGCAGCUCCAUGACCUUCCUCACGCGGCAGGCUUUUGCGAAGCAAUUCCACACUACUCCGGAUGAUCUGGAUAUGCACGUCAUCUACGAUGUGUCCCACAAUAUAGCCAAGAUGGAGGAGCACAUUGUCGAUGGGAAGCAGAAGCGUCUCCUUGUUCAUCGAAAGGGCUCCACGAGGGCUUUCCCACCACACCAUCCCCUGAUUCCCGUGGACUACCAGCUCACAGGGCAGCCUGUUCUUAUUGGGGGCACAAUGGGAACCUGCAGCUACGUUCUAACAGGAACGGAGCAGGGUAUGCAGGAAACCUUCGGAUCAACUUGUCACGGAGCUGGACGAGCUCUCUCCCGUGCCAAGUCAAGGAGGAACUUGGACUACAUGGAUGUACUCAAUAAAUUGAACGAAAUGGGAAUUUCAAUUCGCGUGGCUUCUCCAAAGCUGGUCAUGGAGGAGGCUCCGGAAUCCUACAAGAAUGUAACCGACGUAGUGGAUACAUGCCAUGCUGCUGGGAUCAGCAAGAAGACCUUCAAGCUACGUCCAAUUGCCGUGAUCAAGGGUUGAUCCCAUUGUAAUCCCAACAUUAUUUAUUAUGAUGAAAUAAAUUUUUUUAUUCAGCGAAAGCUGCUUUAA